AAAGAACAUCAAAAGAAGCGACAAAACCCCGCAAAAUCUCUUCGUGUUAUUCAUCUCGUAGUCAUGGAUGGUCCCCAUCAGUCGCGGAGCUGUGAGCUGUCUCUGCCCUGCUGCGCGGACGCCGGGUCUCUGUCCGGCGCCAAGGCCCCGCAGGUCAGCGGGGUCAGAGUUCAGCUGGAGACGCAUGCCCUCUGGCGGCAGUUUGACCAGCUGGGCACGGAGAUGAUCGUCACCAAAGCCGGAAGGAGGAUGUUUCCAAUCUUCCAGGUGCAAAUCUCCGGGAUGGAUCCCGCGGCCGAAUACGUCCUACUCAUGGACUUUCUCAUCGUCGACGACAAACGAUACAGAUAUGCUUUCCACAGCUCGUCCUGGCUGGUGACGGGCCGGGCGGACGUCGUCGCCCCGAGCCGGAUGCAUUUCCACCCGGACUCGCCCGCCUGCGGAGCCCAGUGGAUGAAGCAGACCGUCUCCUUCGACACCUUGAAGCUCACCAACAACCUGCUGGACGACAACGGACAUAUGAUAUUGAACUCCAUGCAUCGCUACCAGCCGCGCUUCCACGUGGUUUAUGUGGAUCCGACUGCCGGGAGCCACUCAAACGCGCACAGGAACUUCUGCUCCUUCUCCUUCCCCGAGACGCGCUUCAUGGCCGUCACCGCCUACCAGAACCACCGGAUCACCCAGCUAAAAAUUGCGAGCAACCCAUUUGCUAAAGGCUUCAGGACCACUGACCCCCAGGACCGAGUGGGUUACUCGGGGCCCCUGACAGUGUGUUGUCCACCAGAGGGUAGAGCUGAGCUGUUCCCGGCCAAACCAGGAGAUGAGAGAAGCUGGGGAUCGAAGCCUUCCAGCAGGCAAGAGGACCCAGCUCUGUUUCUGGGGGGACAGUGUGGACUGCUUCACCACGGCAACGACUCUGCGGGACACACCGUGGAGAGGGACGACGUGGACGGCGUACUGGCUCCUGCUUCCUUCCUCGCUGUUCCUUCCUACUGGGACUGUCCAGGAUCCCCUGAGGAGAGAAGCACUAUGUUGGGAGAGAGGACUAACUGAAGUUGUAUUUGAACUGCUGCAGUCCAACUUCAUUGAGUGUUUCAUAAUAAAUUAAUAUGAUGUGUGCUCUUUCUCACAAAAUAAAUAAAAUAACUGAUACCACACAUUGUACUUGUGUUCUAUGAGAAUAGCGUAGGACAUUUAACAAUAUAAUAGAUUACACCAUAUGCUAUCAAAAUCACAUACAAUAAGAGCUCUAUGGCGUCAUAGUCAUGUAUUCAUAUUAUAGCAACAAUACAGUUGCCCCAAACACAGCUGAGAACAACACCAUAAGUUUAAACCACAGUCAUUUCUUGCUAUAACACGUGUGCAAGUGCAUGCGUUGGUCAUCUGAGAUAAUAAAAUCCCAUUUUGAAAAAUCUGUGUGUCCGAUGUUUCCUAAAUUUAGAGAGAAAAAAACGGUUUAGAAAAUAGAAAAUGACGUGAAGUAGGCAGCUAGGCUUCAAAUGAACAUGUUGCAUGUGAUCCGCAGAGAUCAACGUGGAAACGCCAUUACCCAGAAUGCAGAGUGUUCUAUGGUUUCCUAAAGAAGAGUCCAAUUUUUACCU